AUGUCUGACGCUUCGGAUAAACCCCUCCAGAAUGGAACCAGUGCACAAUUAAAACAGACUCUGACCCAAGGCACAACAGGAGAAAUGUCAAGGCCUAAUCAUCUGCAACGAAUAGCACAGAAGAAAGCUAUCGUUUUGAACUAUCCAAAGACAAAGAAGCUUGAGAAACUAGCAGUGUAUUCGUCUUGCAAGUCAGAUUCCUGUAAAUGCAAUGGAUGGAAGAAUCCUAAUCCUCCACCCACUCCCCCGAGGAUGGACGUAUCACAACCCCUCGCUAACCUGACUGAUCCCUGUCGCAGCUGUUCACACACACUUGGUGCACAUGUUUCUCACCUCGAAAACACUGAGGAAUCAGAACUUAACAGAUUGCUGAGAAUUGUUGUUGAUGUUGAAAACCUGUUUAUGUGUGUACACAAAGAAGAGGAUGCAGAAACAAAACAAGUGUAUUUCUACCUGUUCAAGCUGCUUCGGAAAUGCAUUCUUAACAUGAGCCAACCCACCAUAGAAGGACCCCUUGGGAGUCCUCCAUUUGAAAAACCCAGUAUAGCAAAGGGGGUAACAAACUUUGUGGUGUACAAGUUUGGACACCUAGCCCAGCGUGAAUGGCAGACAAUGUACGACUUAGCCAAGAUGUUUUUACACUGCCUUAAUCACUGGAAGUUAGAGACACCAACUAGCAGGACACAGCAUGCUGGUACAGAGGACAUGGCUGUGUAUAAAGUUAACUACACAAGGUGGUUGUGUUAUUGCCAUGUGCCUGCCUUCUGUGAUAGCCUCACUAGAUAUGAAACAACGCUCAUCUUUGGCCGCACUCUCCUCCGUUCUGUCUUCCAAACAAUGCGCAGACAACUUCUUGACAAAUUUCGAGCUGAGAAAGAGAAAAUGCCCCCUGAAAAAAGAACUCUUGUGCUUACACAUUUUCCAAGAUUUUUAUCAAUGUUGGAAGAAGAGGUGUAUGGUACAAAUUCACCAAUAUGGGAUCCCGAAUUUUCCCAGAAUGCAGCAAAUAUGACAGGAUCAUCACCCAGCAAUCGUAUGGCAUCCGUCUGUUUAGAUUUUGAUGAUGCGAUAAAUCACACACCUACUCCACCCACAGCCACAGGAGUAAGUGGUCUGAAUCGUUUCACGACAUCGGGAGCAGUUCCUGUAGCCAGUGGCGAAACCUACACUUCCAUCAAUGUGAGUCCUGGCCUUAUACCCUCCACGAGACGCAACUCUAAGGCCGAAGCAGGUUCUGGUAGUGAGCUCAAAAGGAAGUUAGAGGAUUCCUUCAGUCCUGAGGAGGUAAAAAGGAAGAGGAUUGAGGGAGAUAUCAGUGCUGAAUACCUCGCAGAGGUAGUGGCCACCAUUACAGAGCCAGAGAAGAUGGUAGGACCAGAUACUUCAUUGUUCCCUGCACACUCUGCCCGUGACGAAUCAGCGCGACGGGAGGAGAUUAAGGGUGUUAUCGAGUUUCAUGUAGUUGCGAAUAGUCUCAGCAACAAACCUUCUAAACAGACACUUAUCUGGCUCAUUGGGCUACAGAAUGUCUUUUCUCACCAACUGCCACGGAUGCCAAAGGAAUAUAUAACACGUCUGGUGUUUGAUCCGUAA